CCUGCAUCCACCCACCCACAUCAUCCACCCAGACCCGCCGACUGUCUCUCUCCAACUCACCGGCCAGCCGCCCACAUACCCUCAUGAGCGGCAGCGACAGCCCUGUCUAUUCGAUCGCCGAGAUCGCGGAGCACAGCACCAUGAACGAUGCAUGGAUCGCCCUCGAUGGCGCUGUGUUCGAUAUCACGGAUUUCCUCGACGAUGAGAGCAACCAUCCCGGCGGAUUCACGCUGUUGAAGGAGCACCUCGGCACCGACAUUUCGACAGUGUUCAGGGAUGAUACCGUCCACCCCCAUACCACCCAGGCCUUCGACAUGCUCGAGAUCUACUGGAUUGGCCAGCUUGCUACCUAUCUUUGAAUCGGGCGGCUCGGCACCGCCAGUCACGGAUUCAGUCCGAUCUGAUCCGAUCAACUCGGACUAGGCCUCCUGCAUGGGUCCAGCGCCCACGAGCCCGCAACGCAGUGCAUGGCACCUGUUCGCAAGCGGCGAGGUGUUGUCCAGGCCUUUUGGAUCCAGCCGGGAUUGACGGGGCGCAUGACACAGGUUAUGCCGCGCUGUGCCCUGGUUCAUGGCAUGGUAUCAGCCGGCCGAGCCUUGGGCACACCAUCUCACUGGCUCUUCGCAAUGACUCCAAGGUCCCAAUACCAGCAACUGCAAUUGUGGAGAUUGGUGGUGAUGGCAAUGAUGGCGACGAGGGUUGU